GUUUAAAACAAUUACGUUAUAGACUUGUGUUUUUUGACAUAUGUAUGCUCUUACAUAGUUCAAGAUCUCUCCAUUUUGGUACCCCACGAUAAGCCAUUCGCCACUCUACCGCCAUUUUCAACCAUCAACCGAGCCGUUCUUCCCUCGACAUUUUACACCAACCGCAGUAUGGCAUUGACUGAUGAUAUGGUUCAAGACAAGUAUCAUAUUCGGCCUGCAUUUAUUUGGGACUACGGUGCGUACCCAUCACUUGGGGUCAACCUCCCAAGCCAAUUUUACACUCCCCAAGAUCUCGCUCACGUCUUUCCCGUUUACGGUGAUGACCGUGGCGAAGCUUACAUGAAAAGUAUGUGGGACUUUGUAGGUGGAAUGUUUGGCGAGGAGCCGGACGACUCGUCUGCUCGUGAUAGUGCUGUCGAUACGCUAUGUGGCUAUGUCAAUGAGAAAUUACAAAAACUGACGAGAGGAGCCUGGGACGCUGUUCAACUGACAAUGAAGCCCGACCCUCCCUUGGAUGGAAUCAACACCACUGUCCAAACUGAAUUUGGCGUCAUCGAUGUACCACAAGCUAUCAAACAAUCUCGAUUAGCCGUGCAAAGACAAAAGGAACCAGAAGAACUGUUCAAAUUGAUUUCUGGAAAGGUGGAUAUCACCGAACUGGAGAACUUGGAACCAAAGGCAAAAGCUGACGCGUUGGCACUUGGAAGUAACAUAUCGGAAAGUUUGGAACAAAGCGCUAAACUCAUUGCAGAGUUGCUGGAGCAAGACAACGCUGAAGAUGAUACCAAACGAAACCUGUUGCAUGCCAAGCUCAUCGAGAUUAGCAAAGCCCUUCCAUUGACUGAAGCAAAAAUGGCUGAACAGUCUAAUAACUCGCCCAUAACGACCAACGCUACUACUGCCGCCACAACAAGUACAGCUUAGAAUCCAAAUAAUCAAUACCUUGUUAAAUAGAUACAUUUUUACUAUAUGUUCUUUGUUAUAUAGCACUUUCCUUCUUCUCCUUUUGCCUUUAAUUUUGGCUCUUCUCACAGGGUUAUCCUUGAAUACAAUGUGGUCCUGUACA